AUGAAGGUCUCUUUGGCUCUUCUCACCUUUGUUACCGCCGUUUUGGCCGUUCCUUCCAAGCCUUGCGAUGAGUGUGAGAAUAACGGUGGCGGCAAGAAAAUCGAGACUGGGAACGUUUGUGAUAGUCACCAAACCGUUGUGUGUCAAGGACAAGGCAAGGGUGGUCUCAUCACUUUGGGCAACGUUUUACCCGGGGCACUCGGCGAGAAUUGUGCCGGUGGUGACGUUUACUGUUGCUCACAAGACGAUGUUCAACAGCUUGGCCUAGUUAACCUGGAUGUUAACGCUCAAUGCUCUCUCAACCAUGUUCUUUAA